CGUUUUAUUUGCGCAGCACUGCUCGCUUGAGGAUACUUAGGAGGGAGAUCAAAUGAAAACUUGAAACUCUAGAAAGAAACAAUCAAUGAAUUCAUGUUAAAAACAGGUGAUUGGAUAUAUUUCGUAACCACGGGGGAUUUUAUUAAGCAGUAAGAUGGACAGUAUCAGUAAACCCACGUUUGAUCCUAAAGAGCACCAGCAUCUAAGGUACAACCCCCUGCGGGACUCCUGGGUUCUGGUCUCGGCUCAUCGGAUGAAGCGUCCGUGGAAAGGACAGGUGGAGAAACCUCCAGAGGACAACACCCCGCGACAUGACCCACACAACCCCCUCUGUCCCGGCAGCGUGAGAGCUCAUGGAGAGGUGAAUCCUGAGUAUGACAGCACGUUCAUGUUUGACAAUGAUUUCCCGGCUCUCCAGCCUGACGCUCCAGAUCCCGGAUCAGACCAUCAUCCACUUUUCCAAAGCAAAGCAGCCAGAGGUGUUUGUAAGGUCAUGUGUUUCCACCCCUGGUCUGACAUCACCCUCCCCCUCAUGCAGCCCGCAGAGAUCCGCAAAGUGAUUGACAAGUGGGCAGAUCUGAUUGUAGAGCUGGGUGCCGAGUACACGUGGGUGCAGAUCUUCGAGAAUAAAGGAGCCAUGAUGGGCUGUUCAAACCCCCAUCCUCACUGUCAGGUUUGGGCCAGUAAUUUUCUUCCCAACGAAGCGGCGCUGGCGGAGCGCUGUCAGAGAGACUUCCUGCAGAAGCACGGAGAGCCUUUGCUGGUUCAGUAUGCUCGAAUGGAGGCACAAGCACAGGAGCGUGUGGUAGUGGAAAACAAGCACUGGUUGGUGGUGGUGCCGUAUUGGGCGACUUGGCCAUUUCAGACAGCCCGUGCAGCAGGGCGACUGGGUGACUGUCUGGCAUCCAUAAUGAAAAGACUCCUGACGAAAUAUGACAAACUCUUUGAGGUCUCCUUCCCCUAUUCAAUGGGAUGGCACGGGGCCCCGACAGGAAGUCAUCUGCAGGAAGACAUGAGCCACUGGCAGCUUCAUGCUCACUACUAUCCUCCCCUACUACGAUCCGCAACCAUCCGCAAGUUCAUGGUUGGAUAUGAGAUGCUAGCUAAUGAACAGAGGGAUCUUACACCUGAACAGGCUGCAGAGCAGUUAAGGAAGCUCGGAGAGGAACAUUACAAGAUGAAAAAAACUGAAGGUGAUGGAGGGAUGGAGAACUAAAAGAGUGUGACCUGUUGGCCACCUUCUGUGUCCAACUGUCAGAUAAUGAGAACAUAAAACUGUGAGAAACAGAUGGAGCUGUAAGAUGACUCAUCUGCUUUAGUGCAAAGAGUUUAAAAUUUGAACUAACUUCCUUUUGAAACACUUUUUGGUCUUUUCAUUCAAGUUAGAAUUUAAAAUUAGCUCCCAAGUUUUUGUUCAGGGCCCUAAAGGCCAAAUCAUGUGAGCUGGUAAUUGCUUAGUUGAGAGCCAAAAUGAUUUUUCAGAAAAGUUUGAAAUGAUAAGUUGUAAUCUU